CCUCUCGCAACCCACGUGAAAUCUCUUCUCUUGACAAGAUGUGUUGCAACUACGGCAACUCCUGUGGCUAUGGCUGUGGCUAUGGCUACGGCUGUGGCUAUGGCCCCUAUUACAGCUGGAGUUAUGGACCUGGCUAUGGCUGUGGAUAUGGCUCCUGGUAUGGCUGUGGCUCUGGUUGUGGAUACGGCUGUGGAUAUGGCUCCUGCUGUGGCUACAGCCCCAGAUAUGGCUGUGGUUGUGGCUAUGGCUCCGGCUGUUAUGGUUACCAGCCAUUUUGCUAUAGAAGAUGUUAUUCUUCUUGCUGUUAGAACAUCACCCCAUUGUUCUCUAAAUAAGACACAUCUAAUGAGAGGGCUGAAUCAAGGAUUCAUACUUCACAUUUUCUAUAUCCAAGAAAUUGCAUGCUUCACAGAGGCUCUCACCUCCAAGCAGCAUUUCUAGAAUGGCAUCCUGUGCCUCAAGGCUGUGUGGUUUCAUCUGACUCUUUUAUAAAUGUUGGUCUUUAUUCCCCUACUUUGGAUUCUGUCAUCUGACUGUGGCAACUAGCCUAACACCCCACUAUUGGGCAAAUUCCUUAUUCUCAAUAAAAAUGAUUCUUUGCUUCUAAUA